GGUCCUCCUCUACCUCGUCAUCCUCGCAGACAUAUCCGCCUCCAUAUACGCCAACCUCCGCAUCCUCAAGGGGCGUCGACCCCACCACCACGCCGGUCGCAAAGAAGCACGCGAUGUACUCCCGCUUCGCGCUGCUCACCGCCCUCUACACGCUCUGCGAGAUCCUCAUCCACUCCCUCUUUGGCGGCGAGCACGGCGACUACUACUGGCUCUACCACCUCCUCCACACGACGAUGGAGCUCGUCGCCGCCCUCUCCAUCGGCUGCAGGUGCAGCAGAUCGCCGAGGAGCUCGCCGAGCAGAUGCUGCCCGCCAUCACCACCGUCGAGGUCAAGCCGGAGGCGCUCGGAGGGGCGAACCUCAUCGCCUGGCGGCCGGACCUGCAGCUGGGCGGACCCUCCGACCACGAGGGCAGGGGGUGGAGGGGGGCGGGAGGCUCCGCCCCGCCCACCCUCGUCGUCCUCAACCCGGGAGACGAGAUCUCGGGAGACGAGAUCUCGGGAGACGGGAUCGAGCCGUCGCUGCCGCGCCACCCGGCCGCUGUCGCGCCCGCAGAGGGCUUUCCGCCGCACGAGUCGCAGUCGGCGCAGCCGCAGCCGGCGGCCGCGGGGUGGGUCGGGGGCGUGCGCUCACGAUUCAGCCAUUUGUUGUCGCCACAGCGGCCGCCGGCACCGCCGCCGCCGCCGCCUGACCCACGCGCUUCGCUUGCCAGCGACUCGAGGAGAGGCGGCUCCUCUCGAGAGCAUGAGCUCGUCGCUGCAGCCCGGCGAGGCGACCCUGAUGUGGAGUGCGAGUCUCCGACCGCGUCGCAAGUGGUAUGAUUCGACUACAUGAACAUGCAGGCAGUCCGUCGAGCAUGCAGUGGGCGGGUGGCACGACACUCUCGUGGCCCACGACGCGGAUGUAUUUCUUGAGCUACGUGUGUGUGUUGGUGGCGCAGUGUGUGCGCCUCUCUGUAUACGGGUGUCGACCUAGGUGUCGACUAUGUAACUACUUCCGCGAUGCAAUGUCCUC